AUGGACAUUUCUGGUGGGUAUUUUUGUCUUCGGCUUGAUUGUUCUGAGAUUGAGGUUUUUGGUGUGUAUUUGUGCCAUCAACUUGAUAGUUCUGAGAAGGAGAUUUUUGGUGGAAAUUUAUGCCGUGGAGUUGAUCAGAUACUGUUGGCAAUUGGAAGAGAGCCUCUUGAGGCAAGAUCUUUUGGUCGCCAUUCAAGAGGAGCACUGGUUGCUUAUCCUGGUGGGACACCCUUUACUUGUCUCGAGGUGCAAGGUGUUGUUUCUCGCCACGAAUCAUUUACGUCUUUAAUUGCCUGUUCUUUGGGAAACAAUAUCGGUAAGGCGUGCCAUUGCCUCGAUGCCGCCGGAGAGAUCUCCCGGCGCCAGCAUGACUUCCCAGUGAUCCUCUCCGACCAACUCGAUGAGGGCUUGGGUCAUUCCUUCCGCUACUUCCCACCUGGCUUACCCCGGCUAUUCUCUUCUUCCUCCACCUCCGAGGUGGACGGCUCCUUCGCAACGACUACGUUCAGAUCGAUAUCUGGCGCCUCCGUCCGCGCCAACACCUCCACGCCUCUUUCCACCUCUCUCCCAGACCUUUGCAGCUCCUCCGUCAUUGAUAGGGCCUCCUCGUUCGCGAGCCCCACAUCCUUCGCUUCCAGUCCUCUCCAACCACUCCCUCGAUGCUCCAUCGCUGGUUAUGCUCCCUUGACAACGAAAACGUUUGUGUCGGGCCCGGUAGAGGAAGUAUGCGGCAAGCUACAAAAUGGAUGCCCCAUAUACAAGGCUAGAACCGAGUCGGAGAAACCUCGUUUCGUUAAUAUCUUCAGAAAACUGAUAUUUCACAUGAAAUCCAUUGCGGCAGUACUGGUUAAAGCUGAUAAUAAUGUCAAGAAACCCAAUUCGAAGAAAAAGAAUGGGAAUGUGACAGUGAGGCGUGGUGAUAAUUUGUAUUCGAAACGGGGUGAUGCUUAUGAUCAGGAAAGUCAGUAUUCUAUGGAGAAAGAGAAACUUCAGUGGGCGGAGAGGAAGGCAGGGGAGGAUCGAGUUCAAGUGGUGAUUUCUGAGGAACAUGGUUGGGUUUUUGUGGGGAUUUAUGAUGGGUUUAAUGGCCCUGAUGCAACUGAGUAUUUGCUUUCUAUUCUCUAUUCGAAUGUGCAUAACGAGCUCAAGGAUUUAGUUUGGAAUGCCAAGUUUGAGCCCACAUCUAUCUUAUCAAAUUCAAUUGAAGAGGAUGAUCAAACACAAACGAGGAAUAUGAUGAAGUUUGGAAAGUAUUCUAUUAUAGGAAAGAAAGCUAAACUUAAGCCUAUAAUUACAGAGCAUUUACUCGAGAAUCAUCUAGCUGUUACAGAGGAUUUGCCUGCUGUUACAUGCACAUUUUCAGCCUGCAGUCCAAGUUCCUUGAAUAAGGACAGCAGCCAUACUGUUUCAGAGGCAGCAUUUGCAAGAGAUCGGUAUUCAGCCUCGGUCGACGAUCAUGCUACAGCUCUUUGUUUUUUUGAACUCCAAGAAAUUGGAUUUGAGCCAAGGAAGCUUAUGUAUGCUGAGGUGGAUGUACGAUCGUCAAAAUUGCCCGCCCAAUCAGCAUUGGAAGAUGGGAUGAUCGAUGAGGGAGAUUUCAUCCGCGAGGGAUUUGACAGUGUGCAGGUACUCUUGAAUCGUCUGGCUUCCCUUCUUGAUCAAGGUUUUGGCGAUGGAAAUGAAUGGAGUGAUGGUGGUAGUUGUGGAUGCCAGAAUGGCACUGAGGAUAAGCUUGUCUUGUCUGAUCCAGUGAGUUCUUUGGUGAGCGGAAGUGGAGGAAUCAUGAAGAUUAGGGCAGGGCUUGUCACCGCAAUGAGAGGAAUUUCAGUUGAAGAGGGUGGGGUUGUGAUCGGAUUAUGGUUAUUUUCAAAUUGGGGGAUCGAAUUCUCGGUGGAGGAUGGCUCUCCUGAUACCAUGAUGAAGUUUGGAAAGUAUUCUAUUAUAGGAAAGAAAGCUAAACUUAAGCCUAUAAUUACAGAGCAUUUACUCGAGAAUCAUCUAGCUGUUACAGAGGAUUUGCCUGCUAAUAUAGAUGAGGAAAACGACAUGCUAAGAAAUGCAGAUAUGGAUUUGGAUCCCUAUUCAAAUAGAAAUGAUCAGGUUAAGAAUUCCAAGGAUAUGCGUGAAGGGUUGGGGAUGAAAUGGAAGGGAAAAAGUCAAAGAAGCUGGAGUAGUUGUGAAUGUGAUGUUGAGAGAUCAGUAGAGCCUGAGAGGAAGCUGUUAACAAGACAGCUGAGUCAUUUGGAGGCUGACAGGCCAAUGGGAUCUGAUAUUCAUUCAGAGGUGUUGAGGGCAUUGUCCGAGGCAUUGAGGAAGACAGAAGAUGCUUAUUUGGAGAUUGCAGAUGAUAAUGUGGAGAAGAGUCCUGAGUUAGCUCUAAUGGGAUCAUGCGUUCUGGUGAUGUUGAUGAAGAAUGAAGAUGUUUACUUGAUGAAUGUGGGAGAUAGUCGUGCAGUGUUAGCUCAGGAGGCCGAACUUGAUGAUCUUGGGCCAAGGAAAAUGCACCUGGACGUCAAACAGAUUAGAGAGGACACUUCAAGAAAUCACAAGAAAAACAAUGGUUUUGGAUGGGGGGUAUUACCCAAUUUAAUUCCCCUCCAACUCACUACUGAUCACAGCACAUAUGUGGAAGAGGAAGUUCAUAGAAUUAGAACUGACCAUCCUGAUGAUGCUUCUGCAAUUGAGAAUGAUCGAGUCAAAGGUUAUUUAAAGGUCACUCGGGCUUUUGGGGUUGGAUUUCUCAAACAGCCUAAGUGGAAUGAUGCACUUUUGGAGAUGUUUAGAAUCGAGUAUGUUGGGACAUCCCCUUACAUCACAUGCUUACCUUCACUCUACCACUACAAGCUUGGCCCAAGGGACAGAUUCUUGAUAUUGUCCUCCGAUGGGCUUUAUCAGUACUUAAGCAACGAAGAAGCUGUCUCUCAAGUAGAAUACUUCAUCAAUAAAUAUCCUAAAGGAGAUCCCGCACAAUACCUCAUCGAACAAGUAUUGUUUCAAGCUGCUCAAAAACAUGAUAUGGAGUUGGAUGAGUUACUAGAUAUCCCACAAGGGGAGCGCCGCCGUUAUCAUGAUGAUGUUUCCAUCGUUGUUAUUUAUUUGGAAGGACGGAUAUGGCGUUCAUAUAUUUAA